UAGUAAAUGUAAUUAUACAGAGCAUCAAUAUCAUUUGCAUCCUAAUGCAAGCCUAUAGACAUGUCGCAUAUUAGAAAUAUCAUUUCAUGCUAUUGGAAACUUAUAAGGGAAUACGGUCGCGAUAAGAGCAACACAUCACAUUGGUGUUGAUGUUACAAGGAUUUGAUGUUGCGUUUAAAAGAACUAAAUAUACUGCAUACAUUUCCCAUAUAAUCGGGCUUCUCCUGCAUACAGGUGAGCAAUUCCAAGCCUCCGACUGAAGGGCAAAAGUUUUUGAGGCAGGAUUCAUCUUGGCCUUUUCAUCUAUAACCUUCAGUGAAAUAUUCAUAGCAGUUCCAAUUGUAUGCAGUUCCAAUACGCUGCAGCAGCUGAGGUCACACGAUCGUAGUCGGUAGAGAAUGACACCGUACAUUGAGACCAGUUUGGUACAGAAGGUGGAGGACUACUUUUAGGUUAAAUAAAUGAAUGCAACAAAGUUGUUAUAUUACUGAGUGUCACCUAUAGUACAUAUCCCUUAAGACUACUAGACCUCAAGCUCACAGUCAAACUUAGGACCACACCUUUGAUCCAAACUAUUUUGAAGAUGCAUUACAAUUUAGUCGCACGAUGUAGCACAGAUCUUUGCACUUCCCUAAAUGGAUACCAAUAAUAUGUAUGAAUCAUUUCUACGGUUGGUAACUAUAUCUUGCUGUAGCAUAUUUAUUCAAUGGUUGGUCGAAGAAUCAACCCGACAGCAAACGUUCAGAUUAUUUCUAAGUUUUCAAAGGGCCAGGUACCUUUCAGAUCAGUUUUUGAUUGCAAUGACCAAAUUGAUGAUCAGGUAAUUAAGCCAUAUAUAACAAACUUGCUUGCUUCAUACGAGUCGUUCUCUGGCUUCUCGUGAUUCCGUGCAGUUUAUUUGUCAUAGGAGCUCUGGUAACAUAAUGGUUCUCAGAUAAUGUUUGUGCUAUGAACCAAUGUGGAGCGCGAGUGUGUGUCCUCGCGCUCCAAGAGCGCUGCCCUUGCUGCCUGUCACACACGCUGCUGUUGUGGUGGAGGCAGAUGGCCACUGAUUGGGUGAGCUUUGUGGUUUUAAUACUGAAUACUUUAUGGAAACGGGUUUUAGCAUGCAUGGUUGGUCAGAGGCACAAUGGGAAGAUUUAUGAUGAUAGCAUAUCAAUCGUUUUAUGUGUUUUGUCUACAGAAUAUCGCAAAACAAUUCAGCUGGUCGCUGUUCUACUUUAGUUUAUUUAUUUUAAUUUCUCCCAAGUUUUUGAACCGAAAGUCUAGGGGAAAAAAACCCUCCUUUUUUAUACGAGAGGUCGGUCGCAUUUCAAAUCUUACCCAUGGCGAAUGAUACUCAGCAAAGCAUCUGAAAGCUAUUUAUAUGUGCUGGCAAUCGAUUUCAAAUGGAAAAGCAAAGCUACUCUUUUGAGUAUAACAAAAUAUAUAACAGAUACCGUAACGGUGCGAUUUGAUGCUUACCGAUGAAUGGUUUCGCCAGCAUUCAGCCAAAAUAACACACCGAACUGGUAGUAACACAGAACGACUGCCGACGAUGGAAGAUCCACAUGCUCACAGGGAGAGCGAUGCCAACAGGGCGGUCCAGCAGUGUCUCACCGACAUUUUCACCAGCGUGUAUACAACUUGUGACAUUCCGGAAAAUGCCAUCUUUGGGCCCUGCGUUCUGAGCCACACGUCCCUAUAUGACAGCAUCGCUUUCAUUGCUCUGAAGGCAGCCGACAAAAGGACAGUGCCCUAUAUAUUUAGGGUGGAUACAUCAUCGGCAAACAGCUCCUCAGAGGGUUCAAUGUGGCUCAGGCUGGUCCAACCGGCCAGGGAUAAAGAAGAACAGAAUCUUGAAGCAUAUGUGAAGAACGGCCAGUUGUUUUACCGGUCUCUGAGGCGGAUUGACAAAGACGAAGAACUACUUGUGUGGUAUGGAAAGGAACUGUUGGAGCUACUCCUCCUCAGCAACGGCAGACCACAGGCGAAAAUGAAUGGAUCGUCCGCAUACACAUGCCUGGACUGCAGCCAGCGGUUUCAAUGCGAAUAUCCCUUUCUAGCCCAUUUGAGAUUCCGCUGCCAGAAGCGAAUGGGCUGCAUUGCCUCGGACGAGAACAUCAAAAGUGGUGGAGACCGUGACCACAUCGCUAUUGUGGUGCCGAGUGUGAAAUUCAGCCGAUCGGAGCGACAAUCAGCUUUUUCCAAUGUGGAAAACAACAAGCCCACCACAGAUUUCCACAAUCUCGCCAGGGACAUGGAGAAUCCAAGAGAUAAUACCAGGAACCAUCGGGAAAAUGAAGGCGUAAAUGAAAAUAAAAGAAAGUACGAUGAAGUGGAAAAGAAUGAUAAUGCAGCGCACAGUGCAAAAAUGGCAGAUAGAUCGCCGCCCACUCCAAGAGAAAAGCUUCCCUGCCCUUCCCAGCAGUUCAGAGGGAAUUUCAGUCUGAGAGAAAAUGGAAGGUUGAUGUCCAGCCCAGACUCUACAGGUGUCAAACAGAGUGCAUUCAAUGAAGUGAAGAGAACUUCACUUAAACAGACUCCAAAGGAUCACACUGCCGAUACAGCCAACAAGAACGGCACAGCGGCGAAUAGCAGCCCUUCGGAGAAAGCGAUGGACAUUAAGUCUGUCCUGACUGAAACACAGGUCCCUUCUUGUCUGGACAAUAUUGCCAUGGGGAGCGCGUUCAGGAGCGUCUCUCAGCUCUGUGGGACAGAGGAGAGGAAGAGCGCCUUCUCUCAGCCAACCAGAUCGUUUAGUCAGUUGCCUCCACUCUUGGUAUCUCAGAAGGUGAUUCCUGGUUUAGAGUGUCAUCCAAGCGUUGGCGAGUCUGGUAGGUUUUAUCAGGCGAACGCCUUGGCUGCAAAGCUCCAAAGUGCAGACAUUAACGGCAGUUGUAAUAUACAAGGAGGUCUCCCGAAACAAAGUCCUUUCAUAUAUGCCACCGCCUACUGGCCAAAGACUACUGGGCCCAUUCAGCUGCAAGUUCCAUCUGCACUUACCCUGCUCCCACCUUCAUUCACGUCCUUUUGUUUACCAGCUCAAAACUGGUGUGCUAAAUGUAACGCCUCUUUCAGAAUGACAUCCGAUUUAGUGUACCACAUGAGAUCUCAUCACAAAAAAGAAUAUGCCAUGGAACCUUUAGUGAAAAGACGAAGAGAGGAAAAGCUUAAAUGUCCUAUUUGCAACGAAUCCUUCAGGGAACGCCAUCAUCUUUCCCGGCACAUGACAUCUCAUAACUGAACUCUAUGUUCGACUGUGUUACAAACUUAAAAUACAGACAAACUAAGGGAAUGGGGCGAUUGCGAUGACACCCUAUCACUUUACAUUUAACAUUUUGUAAUUGCAAACGGCAGUAAAACAAAUACAAAUUGUCGUAAGUUUAUUUCUGUUUAAAUACUUUAGGCGCUUAUGGUAGCUUGGCAGAGGAAUAUAUGAUAUUAUCAUAUUUAAGGACAUAAUUUUAUUUUAGAUAAAUAAAAAAGGUAAAAGAAUGGAUUUUGCUUUAUUAACUUCAUUACCUAUUUCAGUCACCAUUAAACAUGUGAGCAGCUUGUCCGUAGGAAAUGCAAAAGCGGAAAGCAGGAAAGAUGCAUGUAAAACGCGUAAAAUAAUGACCACCAAAUACAGGUGGGACAGCGCGGAAUAUAAAUGUUUGUAAAUAUUUCCGUUUUGAAAAGACCAACAAAUGUACUAUUUUGUGCCAGUGUAAAAAAGUCUUAAUAGUUAUUGUGUUCUUCGAUCUUGGCGAAAUCUAUGAAUCUUGAUAGUCUAUCUGGUCAUUUUGGCUGGCGUCAACAAUAAAUAGCUUUAUUUUUACUUGACCA